ACGGGCCCUGGCUGGGGAGAAAUCCCGAGCCACCUGUGACAUCAAGAUCAAGAUCAAGCCGGGGAAGCUGUACAUUCCUCAUUUACAUCUACAUUUCUAUGGCCAGGUCGUAAAUAGAGGCUACAGCAGCAGUAAUGUAGCACCCCAUCGGUGUUAUCAUACACACGAAUGGUGCUACAAGUACAAGAUCUGUUGAAGUUAUUGCUGCAACACCACAGCCAGUGACGCCUCCUCCAAUAUGGUGCAUGGCGCUGUGUUGACACCAAGGCUGGCUGGCAUAGCACCCAUUGUCGCCUGUCUCCAUACCUCAUGUGCUGCCUGCAAGGUUGUUCCCAAAAACUUGAAAGGAAAAAGCAAAAGUUCACAAGAUUGGUUGACUAGACAGCUCAAUGAUCCCUAUGUAAAGCUGGCCAAGCAGCAUCAGUACAGGGCACGCAGUGCCUUCAAGCUUCUGGAGAUAGACAAGCGUCAGCGUCUGCUGCGGCCCGGCCAGGUGGUGGUAGAGUGUGGCGCCUCACCGGGGGCCUGGACACAGGUGGCUGUGGCAGCCGUCAACAGCCUCCCACAUGUCGGCAACAAGAAACAGGGGACAGUGAUUGGUGUUGACCUGCAGUCCAUCCACCCGCUGGCCGGUGCCACAAUGCUGGGUGGACGGGACUUUACCGCCCCAGAGACCCAGCAGCAGGUGCUAGAGCUGCUCGGAGGAAGGAAGGUUGACAUUGUGCUGUCAGACAUGGCGCCCAGAGCCUCAGGUAUAAAGGACUUGGACCACGAGAACAUUGUCAGCCUGGCAUACGCUGCACUCAGCUUUGCCGUGUUUAACUCAGCAGUGGGAGGAACUUUUCUGUGCAAGAUCUGGGAGGGGUUCAGGAUGCAGCAGCUGGUUGCAGACAUCAGAAGCUCUUACAGAACAGUGAAGUUUGUGAAGCCUGAAGCAAGCAGGACAAACUCAGCAGAGAUCUUUGUGAUUGGAAAAGACUUCUUCCAAGCACAGCAGAAUGUAACAUAGCAUUACAGGGUAGUGAGGGGCUCCAUCCAGGCACCAGAAAGCUAGUCAAGAUCUGGAUGAAUGGAGAUAGGCAAGAAAAUGUUUUGAUAUGAUGCUGUGAUACUGCUUCUAUAUUUCAGUAAAGAACAUGUGAACAAA